AUGGGUCGGUGCAUUCAGCUCCUCGCUUCCGGUUCCAACGGUUCCGGGCAGCUCGGAAUAGGGCACGUCGAGGAUGUCUCGACAUAUACCUACUGCCGAUUCUCGCACUGUGAUCCAGAUGAUACCGGCCUGACUCGAUUGUCCAGAUUACCUGGGGUUAUCUUGGCGGUAUCUUCAGGCGCAGGCCAUUCCCUCCUCCUUGCGAGAGAAGAUGAGGCGUCGGGUGGACGUAACGACAUGGGGAUAACAAUCUGGACGACCGGUACCAAUCAGUACAACCAGCUCGGUCCAGCUUAUGAAGGAGAUUCAACCGACCCAUCACACACUUUAUGGAAGAGAUUAGACUACACUUCGUACAUUGAGACGGCAGGCCUGCCACUCGGGGAGACGAAUCGUUAUACGCCAAAAGAAAUCUCAUGCUCCUGGUCAACGAGCAUCGUCUGCUUCGAACACUCGACCCAAAACACGGAUGGAAUUUGGUCAAAGGAGUCUGACAAGACCAUUUCCUUUGGCACAAAUGAUUUCGGAGAACUCGGUUGCGGUGCCGUACGAGGUGCCAGCAGCAGUUCGGAGCAGGAACAUGACCUCGUCCGGGUUGUCCAGCUACCUCAGACACGUCGAACAGGCGAGAGGCUGUCCGUCCGCAAGAUCAAGGCGUCACACAGGAACAUUGUCUGUCUAUGCGACUGGAUCUUGGAUGCAGACGGAGGGAUGGGUGUUGUCGAUACUGUAGUGUAUGGCUGGGGAGCGGGUCGGCAUGGUCAGCUCGACAGCGGAUAUCCGUCGUCAUACCCGGAACCUAUCGAGAUCGGCGUCACUUCAGCCGUUGCAAACAGAAUCAACUUGGGUGGGCCAUUGACGGUAGAGGACCUGGCUGUAGGAGCUGGUCACAUUCUAUUCUGUCUCGGCACGAGUUCAGGGGGCGAGACCAUAGUCGUCGGUCUGGGCAGCAACGCAAAGCAUCAGCUCGACUUGAACUUUGCUUCUAAUAGAUCAGGGUCGUCUCAGUGGGGCGAUAUCGGUUGUACUUGGAAUGGAUCUUUCAUGAGCGAGAAAGGGCCGGGUGGAGAAAUAUGGUCGACGGGAACCAACACACAUGGCCAAUUAGGUCAGGGUCGUCUUGCGGACGAUGACCAAGAUGUAGCGCCGGGUCUGAGAAGAGUUGCAGCAAUGUCAAGCGACCAAGCACCUCUGACGGUUCACGGAAUCGUCUGCGGCAGCGAGCAUGUCCUCACCCUCAUCCAAACCGGGGACGGCAGCGACAAAAUAUGGACGUGGGGAUGGAACGAGCAUGGUAAUCUCGGCUUGAGCGAUGACGACGUGCAAGAUCGAUGGACACCGGUUGAAAUUCUACUCGAACCAUCGCAAAGGCCCAUAGGCGCUUGGGCCGGAUGUGGGACAACUUGGUUGCUCGUUGAAACGACGAUCGAUGAUUGA